UCCUACUGUUUGUCUCAUCUGCUGUUUGUCUCGUGUAAGUGGAGAACAAGAUAAACGCUAUUGAGGAGAGUAAACUAAGUUCUAUGAAACAGGGGGAAGAAAAUUCGGAUCGAUGGAGGACAAGGCCAGCAUCAGAAACAAGCGCUGGUCUCUUCGAGGAACGACGGCUCUAGUCACUGGAGGAAGCAGAGGGAUUGGACAUGCCAUAGUUGAAGAGUUAGCCACGCUUGGGGCUACAGUGUAUACAUGUUCUCGAAAUGAAGCAGAGCUUAACAAAUGCCUACAAGAGUGGGACAUAUCAAAGCUUAGAGUUGUAGGGUCUGUUUGUGAUGUAUCUUCUCGAUCUGAACGUGAGAAACUGAUGGAGAAAGUCUCCAUGGAAUUCCACGGGAAACUCAACAUACUUAUUAAUAAUGCGGGAAUAUCAAUUUUGAAGAAAGCUGUUGAUUUUACUGCCGAAGAAUAUAUGACAAUCAUGGCUACAAACUUUGAAUCGGCUUUUCAUCUGUGUCAACUUGCCUACCCUCUUCUUAAGUCAUCAGGUGCUGGCAGUAUUGUAAACAUCUCCUCGAUUUGUGGGCAAAUAGCUGUGGAUGAUUUGACGCUUUAUUCAGCAACCAAAGGAGCAAUGAAUCAACUCACAAGAAAUUUGGCUUGCGAAUGGGCAAAAGACAACAUUCGAACGAAUUGCAUUGCACCUGGAGCAACUAGAACAAUCAUGACGCAGCCUGUGAUGGAUGGUAACAAACUUAAUGCAAAAUUAGCGGCACGCAUUCCAGCAGGGCGUAUUGGUGAACCAGAGGAAAUUGCAUCUGCAGUGGCGUUCCUUUGUAUGCCUGCUGCUUCUUAUGUUACUGGUCAGUUGAUUUGCGUCGAUGGGGGAUGGACAGUGCAUGGCUAGCAAAAUUAUCCAUCUGUCAAAAAUAGAACAUGCUAUAAAAUGUUGUUUUAUUUAUAAAUAACUCUCUUGUUAAAAAGUAAUCAUUCUGUCAGAUGCGCAUGCAGUGUGAAUUUUUAUCUUUA